AUGGGAGAGUUUUGGGUGGGCCGCUCUAACGCUAAGAAGUCCUAUGAGGCAGUGAUCAGACAGCUCCUCCAGAAGCCCAACGCCCGCGUGGCUGUCCUCUUCCUGCGCAGCGAUGAUGCUCGGGAACUCCUCUCUGCUGCUGCUCGACUUAACGCUACCUUCAUCUGGGUGGCCAGUGACGGCUGGGGGGCACAGGAGAGCAUUGUCAAGGGCAAUGAAGCCACAGCCAACGGGGCCAUCACCCUGGAGCUGGCGGCCAAUCCCGUGCCGGCGUUCAACCGCUACUUCCUGUCUCUGGAUCCAAUCAACAACCACCGCAACCCCUGGUACCGAGAAUUCUGGGAGCAGAAGUUCCAGUGCUCGCUUGGAGGAGGGGGUGGAGGAGUAGGAGCUGGGGCAGGAGGAGUAGGGUCAGGGGGAACAGUGUCUCUCUCUCUCCCUCCCUGUGAGAAGGGUGUGUUGGUGGAUGAUAGUAACUUUGAGCCGGAGUCCAAGAUCAUGUUUGUGGUGAAUGCGGUAUAUGCCGUGGCCCACGCCCUCGAUAAGAUGCAGAGAACACUGUGUUCCAACACCACCAAGCUCUGUGACAGCAUGAAGGCUCUGGAUGGACGUAAGCUCUACAGAGACUACCUUCUCAACAUCAGCUUCACAGCUCCCUUCUCUCCUCCUGGUAGUGAAACCGUGGUGAAGUUUGAUGCCUAUGGCGACGGAAUGGGACGCUACAACAUCUUCAGUUACCAGCACAACGCUGAUCGCUACGGAUACGUGCCCAUCGGUGAGUGGGCGGAGACUCUGAGCCUGAGCAGUGACCUGAUUCGCUGGCCAAGUGAGGUGGUGCCCCCAUCCCAGUGCAGCGACCCGUGUGCCCGCAACGAGAUGAAGAAGAUGCAGGCUGGAGAGUACUGUUGUUGGAUCUGUACGGCGUGUGAGGCUCAUGAGUACCUAGCUGAUGAGUUCACCUGUUCGCCCUGCGCCCCUGGCCAGUGGCCCAGCGAAGACCUCACUUCCUGUUACGACCUGCCUGAGGACUACAUCAUGUGGGAGGAUGCCUGGGCUAUCGGACCAAUCAGCAUCGCUGUUGUUGGGUUCCUGUGUACAUCGCUGGUGUUCUGGGUGUUUGUGAGACACAACAGCACGCCCCUGGUGAAGGCAUCAGGCAGAGAGUUAUGUUACAUUCUACUGCUGGGUGUCUUCAUGUCCUACUCCCUCACCUUCCUCUUCCUGGCCAAGCCCUCGCCUGCUAUCUGCGCCAUGCGACGCCUCGGCCUCAGCACCUCAUUCGCUGUCUGCUACUCUGCCCUGCUCACCAAGACCAAUCGGAUCGCCCGGAUCUUCAGUGGGGUGAAGGACGGGGGCGGGACCACGAAGCCGCGCUUCAUAAGCCCCACGUCCCAGGUGUUUAUCUGUCUCAGUCUGAUAUCGGUCCAGUUAGUGUUGGUGUCAGUGUGGUUGCUGCUGGAAGUUCCUGGUACCAGGAGGUUUACGUUACCGGAGCGACGGCAGACAGUGAUCCUGAAGUGUAACGUCCGUGACUCCAGCAUGCUGCUGUCGCUAGGAUACGACGUGCUCCUGGUCAUCCUGUGUACCGUGUCGCCUUCAAGCGACCAGCGACAAGUGUCCCAUGCAGAAUUCAACGAGGCAAGUCCAGACCACCACCAUUGUGUAUCUCUGUCAGUCUCAGUGGUUUUCGUGGUGCUGGGCUGUAUGUUCGCUCCCAAGGUCCACAUCAUCAUGUUCCAACCACAGAAGAACGUCACCAGUCUCCGCCUCAUAUCAACCGCUUCAGUUUACCAGCACAACGCUGAUCGCUACUGUUACGUGCCCAUUUGUGAGUGGCCGGAGACUCUGAGCCUGAGCAGUGACCUGAUUUGCUGGCCAAGGGAGGUGGUGCCCCCAUCCCAGUGCAGCGACCCGUGUGCCCGCAACGAGAUGAAGAAGAUGCAGGCUGGAAGUGUCCAGGAGAAUGAGGCCACACCCAUCUCUGCUAACAGAGCCAAGAUUGCUUAA